UAGCCUGAAAGUGUUGCAUGAGGAGCAGCUAGGGAGGAGGAGGAGGAAGCGAAGCUGGGGGGUGUGAAGCGCUUGGAAAGGAGGCAGAGCUUGCAGGAGGCUGCAGAAGCCGACUGGGCCUAAUAACGAGCAGGACUUUCCUGAGUUUUCGGGGGGAUCCUUGAGUCUGCAAAAGGGUGCAAGAGGACAGCGCUGCCUGAAGGAUUGCACGUGUUCUUACACACACACCGUACCAUCCUGAAGGACUCUGGGCUGCUGCAUGCUUUGGCUAAAGAGCAAGGUAAAUGUUGGGAGAGGAAGAAUGAUAGAAACCCAAUGGAUGGAGCAGCUAGAUGAGGAAAAAGGAAACAAGAGAGAAUAAACACUGGAGAAAACUGGGAGAACAGGAAUGAAUCCAAUGCUUUUCAGCAUGUAAUCCAGCAAAUAACAAAGCAAGCAGGAGAAAGAAGCCUGUGUCCUCCGUGUAGGAAAAGCUCCUCUACUGAACCCAGCUUUCAAUCUUAGAAGGAAAUGAACGCAAGGAAGAAACCACAUAAAUGCCUGGAAUGUGGAAAGAGCUUCAGCACAAGUGGAUAUCUUAUUAUACACCAUAGAACCCACACUGGGGAGAAAUCAUAUAAAUGCAUGGAGUGUGGAAAGAGCUUCAGCACAAGAGGAGCUCUUACUGUACACCACAGAACCCACACUGGGGAGAAACCACAUAAAUGCCCGGAGUGUGGAAAGAGCUUCAGCAAGAGUGGAGAUCUUACUGUACACCACAGAACCCACACUGGAGAGAAACCACAUAAAUGCCUGGAGUGUGGAAAGAGCUUCAGCACAAGUUCAUAUCUUAUUGUACACCACAGAACCCACACUGAGGAGAAGCCAUAUAAAUGCCUGGAGUGUGGAAAGAGCUUCAGCACAAGAGGAGCUCUUACUGUACACCACAGAGCCCACACUGGGGAGAAACCACAUCAAUGUUUGGAGUGUGGAAAGAGCUUCAGCCGGAGAGCACAUCUUAUUAUACACCAUAGAACCCACACUGGAGAGAAGCCACAUAAAUGCCUAGUGUGUGGAAAGAGCUUCAUCACAAGUGCACAUCUUAUUAUACACCAUAGAACCCACACUGGGGAGAAACCACAUAAAUGCCUGGAGUGUGGAAAGAGCUUCAGCACGAGUGGAGAAUUUACUAUACACCACAGAACCCACACUGGGGAAAAACCACAUAAAUGCUUGGAGUGUCGAAAGAGCUUCAGCACAAGUUCACAUCUUAUUAUACACCAUAGAACCCACACUGGGGAGAAGCCACAUGAAUGCCUAGAGUGUGGAAAGAGCUUCAGCACAAGAGGAGCUCUUACUGUACACCACAGAACCCACACUGGGGAGAAACCACAUAAAUGUUUGGAGUGUGGAAAGAGCUUCAGCCUGAGAGCACAUCUUCUUGUACACCAUAGAACCCACACUGGGGAGAAACCACAUAAAUGCCUGGAGUGUGGAAAGAGCUUCAGCAGAAGUGGAGUUCUUACUGUACACCUCAGAACCCACACUGGAGAAAAACCACAUAAAUGCUUGGAGUGUGGAAAGAGCUUCAGCCGGAGAGCACAUCUUAUUAUACACCAUAGAACCCACACUGGGGAGAAGCCACAUAAAUGCCUGGAGUGUGGAAAGAACUUCAGCACAAGAGGAGCUCUUACUCUACACCACAAAGCCCACACUGGGGAUAAACGGCAGAAGUGCCUGGAGUGUGGAAAGAGCUUCAGCACAAGUAGAAUACUUACUAUACACCACAGAACCCACACUGGAGAAAAACCACAUAAAUGCUUGAAUUGUGGAAAGAGCUUCAGCCAGAGAGCACAUCUUACUGUACAUUGUAGAACACACCCUGGGUAUAAAACACAUAAAUGCCUGGAGUGUGGAAAGAGCUUCAGCACGAGGCCACAACUUACUGUACACCAUAGAACCCACACUGGGUAGAAACCACAUAAACCUCAGAAGCAUGGUGGAACAGUGAGAACCAGUGAGACACUGUUAUCCCUGGAUAUAAAUUCUAUAGAAAAGGCAGGGAGGGGUGCCUUGGAGGUGGAGUAGCACUGUAUGUUAAAGAAGGGAUAGAAUCUAACAAGCUAGAAAACCUAGUUGGACUGGAGUCCUCCACAGAAACCCAUACAAGGCCUGAAAAGUAACGUGCUACCUGGGAUGUGGUAUUGCCCGCCAGAUCAAAACGCUGAGAGAGACUGGGAGUUGCAGGAGGAAAUCAGGGAGGCAUCAGAGCCCCUGGUGGCGCAGUGGUAAAACUGCCGCCCUGUAACCAGAAGGUUACAAGUUCGAUCCUGACCAGGGGCUCAAGGUUGACUCAGCCUUCCAUCCUUCCGAGGUCGGUAAAAUGAGUACCCAGAAUGUUGGGGGCAAUAUGCUAAAUCAUUGUAAACCGCUUAGAGAGCUCCGGCUAUAGAGCGGUAUAUAAAUGUAAGUGCUAUUGCUGCUAUUGCUAUUGCUAUCAAGGAGAGGUAGGGCUGUAAUAAUGGGUGACUUCAAUUACCCACACAUAGGCUGGGUAAAUUCAGUCAGGUAAUAACAAAGAGGUCAAAGAGGUCAAAUCAGAUACACUGAAGAACUGUGCCCUAGAACAGUUGAUCUUGGAACCAACCAGAGAGAAGGUGACCUUGGACUUAAUCCUGAGUGGCAGUGGCACCCAGGACCUGGUGUGUGAUGUCAGUAUCAUCAACCCUUCUUAGGGAACAGUGACCAUAGUGUGAUCAAAUUCAGCAUACAUGUGGGGAGAGAAUCACCAAGGAAGUCUAACACAGACAUUUUGAAUUUCAGAAGAGAAAACUUCUCCAAAAUGAGGAGUAUGGUGAAAGGCAAAAUCAGGAGAGUCACUUGGCUACAGAGUGCAUGGAGUUUACUCAAAAUCACAGUACUAGAAGCCCAGUUAGAUUAUAUACCCAAAAGGAGGAAAGGUACCGCUAUGUCCAGGAGGAUGCCAGCAUGGCUAACAUUCUACAACAAUGUGCAAAAACAUGUAUAAAAAUGUACUUCAUUAUCAUUAAUGCAUGAAAAUGUACUACCUUAUCAUUAAUGGAUUCUGAAUACAGAAUCUGGAUCCCCUGUGUACCAAACACAGAUCAAGUGCUAUUUAGCCAUCCAGAGCAUAGGCUAGAAGUUCAAACUCUCCAGCUCACAAGGAAGCCAUAAAAGGGAAGAAGACUUUCUUCUGAAAUUGGAAAGCCUGUCUAAAUGAAGAGAACAGAAAGGAACACAAACUCUGACCAAAGAAAUGCAAGGUGACAAUAAGGGAGGCAAAAAGAGAGUUUGAGGAACACUUAGCUUAGAAAGUCAAGGGGAAUAACAAAAACUUAUUUAAAUGCAUCAGAAGCAGGAAAGCUGCCAGGGAGGUGGUUGGACCAUUAGACAAUGACGGAGUGAAAGGAAUUACUAAGGAGGAUAUGGAGGUUGCAGAGAAGCUAAAUGUGUUCUUUGCCUCCGUCUUCAUGGCAGAGGAUACUGAGCAUAUACCUGUUCCUGAACCAGGCUUUUCGGGGAUGGAGGCUAAAUAACUAAGUCAGAUAGAAGUGACAAGAGAUGAUGAUCUAAACUGUCUGGAAAAACUGAAAACUAGCAAAUCGCCAGGGCUGGAUGGCAUCCAUCCAAGAGUCCUCAAAGAACUCAAAUGUGAAAUUGCCAACCUCCUUGCAAAAAUGUGAUUGAGAGGGUGGUAGCCGACCAGCUCCAGGCAGUCUUGGAGGAAACCGAUUAUCUAGACCCAUUUCAAAUUGGCUUUAGAGCUUGCUAUGGGGUUGAGACAGUCUUGGUCACCCUGAUGGAUGACCUUUACCCGAGAAUAGACAGAGGGAGUGUGACUCUGCUGGUUCUUCUGGAUCUCUUGACAGCAUUGACCAUGGUAUCCUUCUGGAUCGCCUGGGGAGUUGGGGAUGGGGGCACUGCCUUGCAGUGGUUCCACUCCUCUCUCUCAGAUAGAUUCCAGAUGGUGGAGCUUGGUGACACUUACUCCUCACAACAGGAGCUGUUAUAUGGAGUCCCUCAGGGCUUCAUUCUGUCACCAGUGCUUUUCAAUAUCUACAUGAGGAGUUUUGGUCAUCAGGAGUUUUGGUGCUCUUAUCCGUAUCCCAAAUCUACUUCUCCUUUUCAUCUUAAGGAAAUGCACUCAUUCUCUAAAUGCCUGCCUACAGGCAGUAAUGGGCUGGAUGAGGGAGAACAAAUUGAAUCUGAAUCCAAGCAAGACGGAGGUGCUCAUUGUGGGGGCUCAGACUCUGAGGGGUGUGUUAGAUCUUCCUGUGCUGGAUGGGGUUACACUCCCCCCAAAAGAGCAGGUGUGCAGCUUGGGAGUACUCCUGGUCCCAGGCCUCACACUGGUAUCUCAGGCAGAGGCCAUGGCCAGGAGUGCUUUCUAUCAGCUUCGGCUGAAUGGACAGCUGCACCCAUUCCUUGAAGAAAAUGACCUCAAAACAGUGGUGCAUCAGCUGGUAACCUCCAGGCUCGACUACUGCAAUGCGUUCUACGUGAGGCUGCCUUUUACAUAGUCCAGAAAUUUCAUUUAGUUCAAAAUGUGGCAACCAGAUUGUUCUCUGGGGCAACCUGGCGAGACCAUAUUUUGCCUGUUUUGAAACAGUUACACUGGCUGCCAAUAUGUUUCCAGGCAAAAUACAAAGUGCUGGUUAUUACCUUUAAAGCCCUGAACAGCUUGGGUCUGAGUUAUUUUAGAGAGUGCCUUCUUCUACAUGAUCCCCACCGCACAUUAAGGUCAUCUGAGGAGGUCUGUCUCCAUUUACCACCGGUUCGUAUGGUGGUGACUCAGAGGCGGGCCUUCUCUGUAGCUGCUCCUGAACUGUGGAAUGUACUCCCAGCAGAAAUCCACAAUCUGAAUUCUUUAUUGACCUUCAGGAGAGCCCUUAAGACCUAUCUGUAUGGCCUGGCCUUCCAGGGUUUUGAAUUAGUUUUAAUUGUUUUAAUGCUGUAACCUGGUUUUCAGGGCUUUUUAAUUGUUCUGAUGGUUUAAUUGUUUUUUUAAAUGAUGUUUUAAAUUGUUAAUUGAUGUCUUACAUUGUUUAUAGUUCUGUUUUAACUGUUAUUGGUUUUAAUGGUUUUGUUUUAAUUGUAAACUGCCCUGAUCCACUUUGGAAGGGCAGUAUAAAAAUCGAACAAAUAAAUAAACUAUUAGAAAAAAUGAA